AUGACGCCAGCUAGAUUAGAAAGGGCCGAGUUACCGGAGCUAGCCUGCUACCUGACUCAGCAGCUACCCUCUGGCAUUAAGGACGAUUACCUGUCACACGAGUAUGAUGUAUUUGCGGUUGACCAAUCAGCACUGAAGGCCAUAUUGGACGACAAUGAUGUCAUAACUUGGACAAGGCCUGUGGAAUUUCCAUGCGUCUCUGAAGCUAGCUGUUCAACAAUAAAGGAAUUGGCAGGAAGACAUGGCUGGAAUGUUAACACUUACGGUCCGCAGUGGACAGAAAUGUACUGUGUGGAACGAGAAAACUUAAAAUUAAUAAAUCCUCCUAAGGGAAUCACCGUGGCCGAAUUGUCUUCAAAAGAUGCGGAAGUUGUAAACUCCCGGUGGAAAUUCAACUCUGGGCGCCAAUCAAUGUCUGUCUUUAAAUUCUGGAUUGAAAAUUAUCCUAGCGUUGCUCUUUUUGACGCAGAAGGACAGCUGGUGGCCUGGGAACUGACGACCCAUUUCGGCAUCAUGGGAAGGCUUUACGUCAUGCCUGAACACAGAGGAAAGGGCUACGCUAAAUACAUCAUUUCCACUUUGGCCCAAAAGUGUUUUGCGAAGGAUAUAAAGCCUGUCGCUAAUUUGGAACUCUGUAAUUAUCGCUCUAUCCGGCUUCACCAGAAAAUGGGCUUCACGAAAGUGUCGAGUUCUCCUUUAACGUUUAUAAAGACAGAGAAGAAGAACUGUGCAUCCUGA